AUGGUAAGAUAGAUUUUUCUGGAAAAAAAGUUCAGGAAAGCAACACUCACCUAUGUGAUCUUCGGUGUGCUACUAGGAGUCAUAGUCUAUACUCAAUCAUCUGGAUUGCCAUGUGAUAAAAUCUUAUCAGCAGGAAGUGAUUCUGAUGCAAUGAAACUAGCCUAAGAAUUUGUCCAAGAAAACAGUGAUGACACUAGCAAACUAGUGAUUGAUGAAGAAUGUUUGAAUGUUUGCAUGAAGAGGAACUUCUUCGAAACAGCUUAAUAUUUGAUUACUGAGUAUUUCAUUCAAGACCCCAAGAGAGCUGCAAGAGCUGAAAGCACAAUUAGAAACGCAGUUGAGCAAAUCAAGAACAAAUAAAACGAGGUACUCCUCGCACUUGAGAAGACUCCAAAGGGCAUUCCAGUAAUUAACCCAGCUUUCCAAUGGGCUUAAAGCUUAGACAAUGUCUUCCUGACUGUUAAGUUCGCUCAAAGAUUUGACACUCCAGGCUGCUUAGAUAUCUUUGAUCCAAACAUUACAAUCUCUCCAAGACAUUUCAACAUGACGGUUUACUGCAAGCAUGUAAGAACUAGAGAUGUUUAAAUGUAAUAAUAGGAUAAAGUAACCAUGAAGUACGAAUUGGAUUUGCCAUUAUUUGAUGAGGUCGAUGUUGAUGAGAGCAAGUACGAGCUAGGCUCAGUCGGUCGUUUGAGUGUUAACUUAGUCAAGAAGGGCAGACCCAACAGAUGGAGAAGACUCUUGCAUUCCACUGAGAAGAUGCCAAACAUGGGAAUCCUCUGGGAAAUCCACGAGAAGCAUGAAUAAACUCUUCUUAACCACACUCAGUUUGAGACUGAUGAGUCAAUGGAGCACUUGAUUCACAUCGACAACAGCCCCAGAAAGACCAAGAAAACCAAGAAAGACAAAAAAGACAAGAAGAAGAAGAAGUCACAACAAGCAAGUGUUGAGUCAGAGCCAGAGGUAUCAGAAGCAUCAACUGCUGAAUCAACAGACAAAAGCGAAGAACUUUGA